AUGAGAAAAAUGAGCUCAUCUCGCUGCUCCGGACCGAAGAUGGUCUGCUGGAUCCUGAUCUGCGUCACUUUAUGGAGCCACCUGAGCGGGAGCAGCGGGGCCAAAUCCUACCGGAGACCCAACAUUGUUCUGAUCCUCACCGACGACCUGGACGUCGCCAUCGGGGGUCUGAAUCCACUGAGCAAGACGAAAAAACUCAUCGGCGACGCAGGCGUGACGUUCACGAAUGCAUUUGUUGCCAGCCCGCUGUGCUGCCCCAGUCGCGCCAGCAUCCUGACGGGGAAAUACCCCCACAACCACCAUGUCAUCAACAACACCCUGGAGGGCAACUGCAGCAGCAAAGCCUGGCAGAAGAGCGAGGAGGCGCACACCUUCCCCUCCAUACUGAAGACCUACGCUGGCUACCAGACGUUUUUUGCCGGGAAAUAUCUCAACCAGUACGGGCACUCAGAAGCUGGUGGAGUGGAGCACGUUCCUCCAGGCUGGAGCAGCUGGGUUGGGCUGGAUAAGAACUCUAAAUACUACAACUACACGCUGUCGGUGAACGGGAAGGCUCAGAAGCACGGAGCAGACUACAGCAAAGAUUACCUGACAGAUCUGCUGGCCAACAUGUCUCUAGACUUCCUCCAGUAUAAAACCAGCUACCAGCCAUUCUUCAUGAUGGUGUCCACGCCGGCCCCCCACUCCCCCUGGACGGCAGCUCCUCAGUACCAGAACAGCUUCAAGAACACCAAAGCUCCCCGAGAUCCCAACUUCAACGUCCACGGGAAGGACAAACACUGGUUAAUCAGACAGGCUAAAACCCCCAUGUCCAACUCCUCCAUUCAGUUUCUGGAUGAUGCCUUCAGGAAACGGUGGCAAACGUUGCUGUCAGUGGACGACCUGGUGGAGAAAAUAGUGAAGAGGUUGGAGGUCAGAGGUGAACUGGAGAAUACCUACAUCUUCUUUACUUCUGAUAAUGGAUAUCACACAGGUCAGUUCUCUCUCCCAGUGGAUAAAAGGCAGCUGUAUGAGUUUGACAUCAGAGUUCCUCUCAUGGUCAGAGGACCGAAUAUCAAACCCAACCAGACCAGCAAGAUGUUGGUGGCGAACGUUGACCUCGGUCCGACCAUCCUGGACAUCGCCGGCUACAAUGUCAACAAGACCCAAAUGGACGGCAUGUCCUUCCUGCCAGUUAUGGAAGGGAAGGUGAAUAGCACCAGCUGGAGAACAGACAUCCUGGUGGAGUAUGAAGGAGAGGGCCACAACAAGUCGGACCCCGCCUGCCCCCUGCUGGGACCCGGAGUGUCGGAGUGUUUCCCAGACUGCGUGUGUGAGGACUCAUACAACAACACCUAUGCCUGUGUGCGCACCAUCGCCCCCUCUGCCAACCUGCAGUACUGUGAAUUUGAUGACAGUGAGGUGUUUGUAGAAGUCUACAACGUGACAGCAGACCCCUACCAGCUGACCAACAUCGCAAAAACCAUCGACCAGGAAGUUCUGGAGAAGAUGAACCAUCGGCUGAUGAUGCUGCAAUCCUGCUCUGGACAGUCGUGUCGGACGCCCGGCGUGUAUGAUCCGAGGUAUAAAUUUGACCCACGACAGAUGUUCACCAGCCACAGCUGGCGGCUCAACAGACUCAGGCAGAAGCUGAAGUAGGAAGAUGAUGAAGGAUGUGGGGAAGCGGGGGAAGAAGGGCUGCAGUGAGUUUGGUAUUCAGCCUUUCCUGUUGUUGUUGCCUUGUUGUCGGGCCUCCUCAGCCAGUCUCUUUGUCAGAUGAGGACGGAGAAGUGAUCAGGUGGGGGUCAUAUUUUGGGGCUGCCAUGGAGAUAGGAGGCCCACCUUUAAACUUCCUGUUUGGACUGCUUUUCAAUGAUUUUUGUCAGUAGGUGUGAAAGAGAUUAUUCAAAAUGGAUUUACACUAGGCAAGCCAUUAUUUAAAUCUUGUUUUCCUAUAAGCAUUACUUUGCACUGAACAUAUCAAUUCAAAUCCUUCUGAACUACUCACUCUGAUUGGUUAAUUCAUGGUCGACACUUGAAUUUAUCAGAGAAAGCUACGGAGCUCUUAAUCUCCCAUUAGGUGUCACUUUUUUCCCCUUUUAUUUUAUGCAUUCAUUUUAAAUUUACUGUAAAUUCACAGGUACCUUUUAUGACUUCACUUGCCAUCAGUGGCAGAAACUGCAGUUCCACUAAUGACCACUUGAGGGAGGCUUCAAAAGUGAGUCAGUCCCCAUAGAGUUUCAUGUUAAAGCAUCCAACUUUACAGUAGUAAUAAACACACUUACAAUCUUCUACAAAAAGCAGUUUUGGUCUGUAUAGUUAAUUAAAGCCUUUACAACAACUGUAGGGGAGUUUAAUUUAAAAAUAGCCGAUCCAUUUAAAUUGUAUCAAGGCUUAAAGUUAAGCAGGUGGAUGCCAGCCACUGAAAUGGAAAUGCCAAUCUUGGGUGCAUUUUAGGAUAUUUUUAAUGCACUUACCUGAGAAAUAACAUAACUUGCUGUGCAGUUAAUAGUACCAAAAUCUGUCCAAGAAGGUUGUGCUCCAGUUUUAGUAUUGUAUUUAUAUUUUAUUAGUAUUUAUAAUUUUAUAAUUUAUUAUAAUUAGUAGAUACGCCUGUUCAAAGCAGUCAUCAGUCUGUGGAUCCACUUGCUUUCAUCUUGUUGUCCAAAUCAUUUUAGGCUCCAAAGACCAAGAUAGCUAACACUGUAUGGCAUUCUGAGGUGAAACUAAAACUUAAUUAGCUGACUUUUCUCCAUUAUAUGCCAGCUGUAUGCAUGUGAAGUCAUUACAGACAUGUAAGAAUUUAUAGUAAAUUAUCCUCUGCGCACAAUAAGAAAACAUCACCCUAAGGGGGUUUGGGAGCUCCGUAGAAAGUUGUACUGUCAUUACUUUAGCAAAUACAAGCUCUAAACUGCAAAUGAGGCUUUUUGCAUGUCAACACUUGAUAGAUGAUAAUGCUCUAUUUAAGGAUUUCUUAAGAAGUCCAGCUAUCAUUUGAGACAAGUUCUCAGAGCAAAGAUGUUCUUCUAACAGGCAAAAACAACUAGAGCUUGCAAUUUGGCAGUUACUAAAUGAAUCCUAAUUUAUCAAAAUUAUACUACAGUCAUGUUACCCACAUCAAAGGUAAAGUGUAACAAAAGUUUAUCAGUUCAAAAACAAACUCCCAGGUUUUAUAUUGCACCUCUAAGAACACCCCCCCCCCCUCUUCCAGUUUAGCAGUGUCCAAGCUAAACGCUGAGCUGAGAGAUUACACCCAAACAAAAAAUGCAAUUUCAGUAGUUCUCGCACUGCAGGGUGCAGACAACCAGGUUAAAAAAAGACAUGUAAAAGUAAGUUUAAUGACAACCACAGUUAUUGUGCUGACCCCUCCGUGAAAAUUAAACUCUGUACUUUUCUUUUUUUAAUUCUUAACGACUGGUAAAACUUGUCGACUGUGAACUUCUUUUUUUUUUUUCUGUAUAAGAAUUUAAUUAUUUUGUGUCUGACAGACAGGGUCAAAAAUGUUGUAGCAUGACAUCAAAAAACAUACCAGCUGUAGCUGCAUCACUUUCCAACUCUAAUGUGAGGCUGAUUGUGCCCACUCGGCACAAAACCAGAUACGCCACAGGUCGCUAAAAGUAGGAGAACAGCAAGUCAGACGCAGCAGCAGUACAGAGCAUCCUGUCAUUUUUCAAAAUAAGAAACUGUGCACCAAAUGCAACGCUUCCAAAAACAUCCUGGUGCGGAAAAGACAUUUCUGAUGUGAUUUAACAUGAGACCGGUAUACUGGCCUAAGUAAACAGAGAAAGAAAUGGGUCAUAGGUAAUGAAAAAUAUCCCCAGAUAAUUUUGUUACAGACUGCUACCUGUAGGAAAUGCACCAGAAAUCACAUUAGAGAUCCCACAGAAACCAGUGCCUUGAUGCUGCUGGGCCCAGUUUUAAAUUUGGUCAAGGGUUUGGCUGGGUUUGGUUGGGCUGAGUCUAAAGAGUCAGGAUGAAUUGUUAGUGGCAGCAGUGUUUCAACUAAAAACCUCCUUCCAAGAAAGAUUUACAAAUCUGUUUUAAAGCUUCAACAUUUCAGUGCACUGUUUAAACAAAAUUAUCUUUAUUUUAAUGUUCCUUCUGCUCCUGUUUGGAUUUUUACAUGCUGAUGUUUUAAAGGAAUAGCGGAAAGUUUGGGAAAUUGGAUGUUGAUACCAUUCCUGUGCGUAUAUCCAAAUGUAUAAAGCUGAAGCCAGUCAAUAUUUUGGUUAAACAAGAACCACCCAAGAGCACCUUUAAAGCCUCUAAAGUCAUAAUUAGUUAGCUUUAGGUCUGCUGGGAGGCCAAGUCAGACAGUUUCCCUGUUUCCGGUCUUUAUGCUAAGCUAAGCUAAGGGUCUCCUGGCUGUAGCUUUGUUUAAUGAACAAACAUGAGUGGUAUCGAUCUCUUUGUCUAAAUUUAAAGCUCCCUAGCUCCAAAACAUUGUGCUGAUGGUCAAAAAGAUGUGUGUAGAUCAUUUCAAGAAGCAAAACGUGAAACAGACUGUGUGUAAUUUUGACUGAGAACUUUUUUUUUUAUUUUCUGACUUCAGAAGCAAAGCUUUUCCCACGUUCUGUUACCGUCUUGUUAUUCUUUAAUAACAAUACUGUGUUCAUGCACCGCCUCUUGCUCUGUAUUCAACUUGUUCUGAGUCACAAACUGGACUGAAUUCUCGUGAUGAUCGAAGUCCUCCACUGCUCUCACACACACACACUGUGUGAUUGUUUCUCUUUGUACAGCUGCACACAUCAUUUCUAUUCACUGAUGCACUUUUCGCUCUGUCAGAACCGUUUAGUCGUUUUUGGCACCUUCAGUAGUUUUGAUGAUGUAUUUUUGGCUUAUGUGUUUUUGUCCAAAUAAAGGCAUUCUAAAGUGA